AUGUUUGCAUCCCACAGAGGUAAUUUGAGCGAAAAUUCUUCAGAAGAAGAAAUUACCAAUCUUCACAUCACGUAUCAACAUGAAACUAUUUAUGAUUUGGCACUAAAUCAUUUAGAAACAGGUCGAUGUGCCGAUGUGAAGACGACUUCUCGAAGAGAAAAGAGGAAGAAAGUUAUUUAG